AUGAACGAUUGUGAGAUGGAUUGCAGAAGGGCAAGGAGACACUGCAUUUUUAGAAGUUGAAGUUAUUACGUGGCCUCCUGUGUGGGAAUCGACCCGAUGGCAGAAUUAUCCAGCCUGCUUGUGCUGUUAGAUGAAGAGAAAACACAGUGAAUUAAACAAAGGACCAACAAGGGAUUGCCCUUGGUUUUUGUGCUUUUUAGUAUUCAUCAAGCUCUCUUCUGCAGGCAGACACUGCAUUUAAGUUAGAAAAAUGAAGCAGUUGAAAAGAAAAAGGAAAAGCAAUUUCAGUGUUCAAGAAACUCAGACCCUUUUGAAAGAAAUUACGAAAAGGAAAGAAGUUAUUUUUUCCAAGCAGCUCAAUACGACAAUUAACGUGAUGAAGCGGAUGGCCUGGGAGGAGAUUGCGCAGUGUGUGAAUGCCGUGGGAGAAGGUGAGCAGAGGACGGGGACAGAAGUGAAGAGAAGGUACCUUGACUGGCGAGCCCUCAUGAAGAGGAAGAGAAUGAAGGCAAACAUUAAGCUCGUUGGCUCUGGCUUCCCGCUUCCGACAUCCGAUUUAGAUGACUCUCUCACUGAAGAGAUAGACGAAAAGAUUGGAUUCCGAAGUGAGACAAAUUUUGAUUGGCAAAAUGUGGCAGAUUUCAGGGAUGCAGGUGGAUCCUUAACUGAAGUCAAAGUGGAAGAGGAAGAACGGGAUCCACAGAGCCCUGAAUUUGAGAUUGAGGAGGAGGAAGAGAUGUUAUCGUCAGUUAUCCCUGACCCCAGGAGGGAAAAUGAACUUCCUGAUUUCCCUCACAUUGAUGAGUUUUUUACCCUGAACUCAACGCCAUCUAGAUCAUAUGACGAGCCCCAUUUGUUUGUAAACAUUGAGAAGCAGAAGCUCGAGUUGGAAAAACGGCGGCUGGAUAUUGAGGCGGAAAGACUGCAGGUGGAGAAGGAGCGCCUCCAGAUUGAGAAGGAGAGGCUCCGGCUUCUAGACCUGGAGCACGAGCGGCUGCAGCUGGAGAAGGAGCGGCUGCAGCUGGAGCGAGAGAGACUGAGGUUGCAGAUCGUCAGCUCGGAGAAACCGUCCUUGGAAAGUGAACCUGGCCCCACCGAGAAGUCCAUCCUUCAGCCUCAGGACAUAGAAGCAGAGAAGCUGAAACUUGAACGAGAACGCUUGCAACUGGAGAAAGAUAGGCUGCAGUUUUUGAAGUUUGAGUCUGAGAAGCUGCAGAUUGAAAAGGAGCGCUUACAAGUAGAGAAAGAAAGACUUCGCAUUCAGAAGGAAGGACACUUGCAGUGAAUUUUAAGUCUACAGUUGGCAGAUGUUUGUAAACCUUAGGUUUUACUGUAGGUCUGGUAAUAAUCAAGUUGAUUGUGGGAUUCGUUGUUUGGGGUUUUGUUUUCCCCUGAAAAAUGUCAGUGUCUUCUGUAGGGUAAAGAUGGUUAUGUGUGAGUUAUGUAUGUCUAACUAGUGUUUGUAAAACUCUUUUGUGCUCUGACCUGUGUAUUAGAAACUAUUGGCGUGUAUGCUUCCACCAAGUUAUGGUACAUAGUCUUGUAUAAUCUGUGCAUCCAGAGUUUAGAGUUAUGUCUGUGUAAAACUAGUCCAGUGCUUUUCAACCAGGAGUGAUUGGCAUUGUCUGGAGACACUGACAAGGGAGCUGCUAAUACCAUCUACUGGGUAGAGACCAGGGUUGCUGGUGGACAUUCUACAAUGCACAGGACAGCUCUCCACAGUAAAAAGUUGCCUCGUCCAAAAUGUCUGUAGUGCCCACGUUGAAAAACCAUAUCCUAGCCUGAUUGUGAUCCAUAAAGCUUUUAUAGUUUCUGACUAUUUAAAACCUAAGAUAUUUACGUGAGUAGGCACUUAACUGGCCAAAUACUUUAUGGAAUAUUACUGUGUAGAAUAUUGAAUGUAGGAAGUGAUGAAGAUUAUAGAUAUUUUAUCCCCCCUUUUUCAUCCUUCUGAGAUUUGGAAAACAAUUCCAGGGACUCAGAUUACUCUACCUUUUCACUUUGGAAAGCAGAUUAUUCAUCUAUCUAGCUAUUGAUGUUCUAUAAGAAAAUACAGACUUGAAGCUGUAGAUCCUUUCUUUGAUGCGAUCAUCUUAUUUCUGAUUAAAAAAAAAGUCAUUUCAGCAAUGUGCUAAAAGCCUUAUCUAAAUAAAUGGUUUAAACUGAUAAAAAUUGUACCAUUUCCGUGAAUUUAACCCAGUAAAAGAAUUUGCUUUUUGAAAUGAGUAAUAGCAACUAUUUAGGAGUGGGGAAGGGGGACUGUCCCCUGCAUCGUAUAAUAAUGAUGAUGCAAUCAUGAUUGUAGUUGUGUGUUUUGAAUUGACAGGAACAAAUACCACACGGCUGACCUAAUCUGUUGACUGUCUUUGAGAGUGGACUCUCAUUCCACACUGUGAGGCCCACAGAAGUCACCUCCUGUCAUGUGUACUUUGCACUCACUCUGAAGAGUGAGAAGUUGGUAUGUUCAGGCCCUUUGUUUGUUACUCUAAGAAGUCAAGGGCUCGUUUAGCCCGCUGAUCUGCCUUCAUUCCUCUAAUAAGUUACCAUUUAGUGGUCUGAAAAUGAUGGAUAAGCCACCCAGGAGUUUCCAUCUGCUCACUGUAAAUCUGAGAGUGACGUCUGUCAUUUAGCUCUCUCUCUCUUGUGGCCACAACAUUUACUUUUAAAAAAUGAGAGAAAGGGAAAUAUUUUCACCAGCUCAAUUGUUCUCAAAGCUUGGUUCCCAGACCAGCAGCAUCAGUUUCACCUGGGAACUCGCCUAGAAAUAGAUACUCUAUUGGACCAAGCCUGAGGCAGGACCCAGCUUUUUUUUUUUUUUUCUAAUCCUUUUAAUCAUCGAGGUGAUGCUGAUGCUCCCGAAAAGUUUGAGAAUUCCUGCACUAGAUCACUUUGUGUUUUUGAUUUCUAGGCCUUAUCUAUAGCUUUAAUACAUUUAUUAUAUUGGUAGAUUCCACCUUGAUUCUGUGUGUAUUUUUAAUUUCAGACUGACUUGAAACCAUAUGUGAUACUUGGAUAUGAGUAGACAAAAAAAAAAUGUACUUCUGCAUAGUUAUCCUAAUUUUGAAAUAGUUAUUUUUUAUAACUGAAAUAAAUACUUCUGUAGAAAGAAAUUGUGAUUUUUUCUGACUUAAAGUGAUGUUCAGUGUUGCAAGUAAGGGUUGAGGUUUUAAACCUGGCAAAGAGGGAAUAGGUGUAUUAACAUUCUAGGCAUUCUGCUGUGUGCUGUACAAAUAUAUGCUCCUCAAAGCAACCUUGAGUUAAAUCAUGUUCUCUCAAUUCUUAUAAGGAAACAGUGCCUCAUAAGAUGUAAUGAUUACAUACCUGAACUAUUACAUAAAUACCCAUAUUGACCCAAUUUCUAUUAUGAGAGGUCUAAGUCUGGGUUUAGCUGUAAAUCUGUAGGUUUAGUUCUAAGUAUUAUAGCCUUGCGGUGUGCCACCUGUAAAAGUCAUUGAACUUGCUUAGUGACUUGAUUUCUUCAUUUGUAAAAUGGAUAUACUAAUGCUUCCUCUGCUUAUGGUUCAUAGUUUUUUGCUUUUUAAAUAAAAUGGUGUAUGUAUUUAA